CUAUCCCGUCAACUUGUACAAGCGCGCGAAGGUGCAAGUGGACAAGCAGACGGCGGCCAUCAAGCGGCGCCUCAUGGUGCUGACGUACCAGGCCUGCGUCCGGCAGAGCGAGGCCGACAUCAAGGACUACUUCCGGCAGGCUAUGCAGAGAUGUGUCCUCGCCUACGUUCUGGAAGACCCAGAGGAAGUGCAACGGCUGCGCAUAGCGUUCCUGCCGACCCUCUGGCCCGCGCUGUGCGUGCGCGCGCCCAUGCCGUGGCACAACGCCGUCGCGCGAGCUAAGCAGGCCAUUGGCUACCGCUACUACCAGGGAAACCCCAUCAUGUUGGAGCUGAGGAGACUUUGGCAAGAGAGGUACCAGAACAUGUAUAUUUGUGACAUGAACAGAAUGCAAGAAGACAUGCUGUUCCCCCACUAUCCGAGUGACUUUACUGAACGUUUAAAUAAAUUGUGUGCUGAAACCAGAGCGGAAUUACUAGACAACUGGUUGAUAGAUAUUGCUGAUAUUAUGGUCAAGAUGAGGAAACAUUGGGCUUGCUACGUCUCGAAGAAGAAGAAAGAGUCCACCUUUCAAGUUGAGAAGUUUUUUAGCUGUAUUCAUGCGUUGAUGUCACGACAGAUUCGCGAUCUGGUUGAAAGGAGUGUCUUUCAUUUUGCGGAAUACUUCACAUAUUACUCCGAGGGCAACAACUUCGGUAAAGAGUACAGAGACUAUCUGUUCAUCAAACGACCCCUAUUCCGCAUCAAAGUGGUGGGGCAGCCUGGUUCUACCACUAUAACGUUCGACCCGGCCUUGGAUCAGAUGCGUGUUAUGAUCGUCAAGUGGUUGCACACUAUCAUCGGCGUGAACCAGCAGUUGCCCAGUGUUGAUACUAUCAUGUAUCCAGGUGCCCAACGUCCAAAACCAUAUCUAAUGGCGGUGUAUCCCGACGAGCAGUACAUGGUGGACGUCGUCAACAACUGCAUCAAGAACUUCCACGUCAACCGGCCCGGCCCCGUCAGCUUCAUCGACUCGUUUGAAGAGUUCUUCUACAUCCUGGACGGCACCGCUUACCAGGAUCUCUUGAAGUUCUUUGCUUUAGAACCUCCUCCAUAUUUAAAGGACUUCACCGCUCGCAUCCACAUGUACAAAGCGUUGAGGGACGAGGUCGCCUUCCUCCGGCGCGACAUUCCUCUGAACAUGGUGAUGCUGGACUGCGCGCCCAUCAACGACGUGCUGUGGAGCGAGGUGGACGCGCUGCGGAUGUACAUCGUCGACCACUUCACCACUGUCAACAGAAAGUGGAACCGAUCAAUUUGCAACGUGUACGAGGAGAUGGCGGCGCGCACGUCCGAGAGCCCGGAGACCACGGCGCAGCUGGUGGAGCUGCUGGGCUACAUCCAGGACUGCCGCGACUGCGCCAUGUUCGACCUGCGGGAGAAGGCGCGCACCACCGCCGAGUACGUGCUGUUCCUGAUGGAGCACGCGCAUCUCUCUUUUGAAGACGUCAAUCUAAACACUCGUGUCUUCCUCUGGCCUCUCGACAUGGAGGAGACCAUAGACCUGACGAUAAAGACCCUAAACACCAAAAAGUUGAUGGCGGAGGACAAGCUCAAAAGCAGGAAGGCGAUCUACGAAGAGAAACUCAAGAAGCACGAGAAAGAGUUGGAGCUGUUCCGAAGAUUUGAUCCUCCACUGCUCAAUCUGGACCUAUUGCGGGAGGUGGUCGGCAAAGUGGAUGAAAUCUUCCAUAACUUGACGGACGACAAGCGCGAGGCCGAGGAGAUCAACAGCGAAGAGUCGCUGCUGGACCAAGAGGUGUCGGUGUACUUCAGCAUGACCGCCAUGCUGGCCAGCAUCGACCCCUUCCACAAGCUGUGGCACACCGCCUUCGACUUCUACGACGGCUACGAGAAAUGGUACCACGGCCCAUUCCUGGGCCUUGAUGCGGAGCAGAUAGCAGAGGACGUGGAAGCGUGGUGGAAGCUGCUCUACAAGUUAGGCAAGCAACUGAUCGAGUAUCCCGGCGCCAAACGCAUCGCCGACAUGGUGCGGAACAAGGUGGAGAAGUUCAAGCUGUUGCUGCCUGUACUCACUGCUAUAUGCAAUAAGGGUAUGCGUGAUCGCCACUGGGCUAAAAUCAGCGAUCUGGUGGGGGUAGAGGUGAUCCACAAUCCCGAGACCACCUUGGCCGACAUGGUGGAGCAAGGGGUGCAUGUGUUCGCGUCGCAGCUGGAGGAGAUCGAGCAGUACGCCUCCAAGGAGUAUGCGCUCGAGAAGGCGUUGAUCAAGAUGAAGGACGAAUGGAUAGGGGUCAAAUUCGAAGUAAUGCCUUAUAGGGACACAGGAGUGGGCAUCCUCACAGGCUUAGAUGACAUCCAGCAGCAAUUGGACGACCACAUCCUCAAGUCGCAGACCAUGCGUGGCUCGCCGUACGUGAAGGCGUUCGAGGCUGACAUGGUUGCCUGGGAGGAGAAGCUUAUCAGCAUGCAGGAUAUACUGGACCAGUGGCUGCAGUGCCAAGCCACGUGGAUGUACCUGGAGCCCAUCUUCUCGUCGGAGGACAUCAUGCGGCAGAUGCCCGGCGAGGCGCGCAACUUCAGGGACGUGGACAAGGAGUGGCGCACCAUCAUGGCGGCCACGCAAAAAGACCCCUUGGUGCUGACUGCCACCGACUUCCCGGAUUUAUUAAGGAAGUUGCGAUACAACAACUCGUUGUUGGAUGACAUCCAACGCGGCCUGAAUGACUAUUUGGAAAAGAAGAGGUUGUUCUUCCCCAGAUUCUUCUUCUUAUCCAAUGACGAGUUAUUGGAGAUUUUGUCGGAGACGAAGGACCCUAUGCGUGUGCAGCCUCACCUCAAGAAGUGUUUUGAGGGCAUCUACACCCUGGAGUUCAAUGCGGCGAACGAGAUCGUCGGCAUGACCUCAUCUGAGGGAGAGAUUGUGAGGCUGUCGUCCUCCAUACAGCCUGCUGAUGCUAAGGGCAUGGUAGAACGUUGGCUGCAACAGCUGGAGCACCAGAUGAUGACCAGCUUGCGCGACGUGGCGUCGGAAGCAAUCAACGCGUACGCGAUCACUCCGCGCGAGGAGUGGGUGCUGAACUGGCCGGGACAGAUCGUGCAGGCCGGCUCCUGCGUGCAGUAUACUACUGAGGCGUUAGAAGCCAUCCAGACGACCAGUCUACCGCAGCUGAUAGAGAGGAGCACCAAGCAGAUCACGGGGCUGGUGUACCUGGUGCAGGGAGACCUGGAGCCCGGCAACCGCAUCACUGUGGAAGCACUCAUCGUCAUUGACGUGCACGGUCGCUCCAUCCUCGAAGAGAUGGAGGACAAGAAAGUUCGCACAGUGACAGACUUCAACUGGAUCUCGCAGCUGCGCUACUACUGGCGCGGCGACCGCAUCGUGUGCUCCAUGAUCACGACGGACGUGGACUAUGGGUUCGAGUACCUCGGCAACACUGGUCGCCUGGUCGCCACGCCGCUCACCGACCGGUGCUACAGAACGUUAAUGAGUGCCCUGAAGCUGAACUUGGGAGGCGCGCCGGAAGGUCCGGCAGGGACCGGCAAGACGGAGACCACGAAGGAUCUGGCCAAAGCCGUCGCCAAGAAGUGUGUCGUGUUCAACUGUUCCGAUGGACUGGACUAUAAAGCGCUGGGCAAGUUCUUUAAGGGACUCGCUCAAUCAGGCGCCUGGGCGUGCUUCGAUGAGUUCAACCGCAUAGAGCUGGAGGUGUUGUCGGUGGUGGCCCAGCAGAUCCUGUCCAUCCAACUCGCGAUACUGCGGCGCGAGAAGCGGUUCAUCUUCGAGGGCACGGAGAUCUGCCUCAACCCCACGUGCUCUGUCUUCAUCACCAUGAACCCUGGUUACGCGGGUCGUACGGAACUGCCAGACAACCUGAAAGUGCUGUUCCGCACGGUAGCCAUGAUGGUGCCGGACUACGCCAUGAUCGGAGAGAUCACCCUCUACUCCAAUGGAUUUGUAAACGCUGGCCCGUUAGCCCGCAAAAUUGUGCAAGCCUAUAAACUGUGCUCCGAGCAGCUGUCUUCACAAAACCACUACGAUUAUGGCAUGCGAGCUGUUAAAUCAGUGCUACUUGCGUCCGGUGCGCUGAAGAAGAACUACCCUGAGAAAGACGAGGCGCAGCUCGUGUUGAGGGCCAUCAUUGACGUCAAUAUGCCUAAGUUUCUGUCACAGGACGUGCCCCUGUUCUCGGGCAUAUACUCGGACCUGUUCCCGGGCGUGGAGAUCCCGCAGCCGGACCGCGCCGAGCUGCUCAAGUGCGUCAACAAGGAGCUGGAGAAGCGCAACCUGCAGAACACCGACUGGUAUCUGGAGAAGAUCAUACAGAUAUACGAGAUGAUGCUUGUCCGCCACGGGUUCAUGAUCGUGGGCCCGCCGAUGGGCGGCAAGACGCAAGCUUACCAGAGCCUGGCGGAGUCCCUGCGCGCGCUGCAGCUGAUGAAGCCGCCGCCGCGCCACAAGGAGUUCGCAGCCAUCUAUCGCAUCAUCAACCCCAAGGCCAUCACCAUGGGACAGCUGUACGGAUGCUUCGACCCUGCCUCGCAUGAGUGGUCUGACGGAGUGCUAGCGAUAGCGUUCCGCGAGUACGCGAUGUCAGUGACGCGCGAGCGCAAGUGGGUGCUGUUCGACGGGCCCGUGGACGCCGUGUGGAUCGAGAACAUGAACACCGUGCUCGACGAUAACAAGAAGCUGUGCCUCAUGAGCGGCGAGAUCAUACAGAUGACCAACAAAAUGAAUCUAAUUUUCGAGCCUGCGGACUUGGAGUUCGCGUCUCCCGCCACCGUGUCGCGCUGCGGAAUGAUUUACAUGGAGCCUGAACAACUAGGUUGGCGCGCAUUUCUCGCGUCGUACAACACCAACCUCAGCAAGAAGCUCAUCCCGGAACAGUUUGAUCUGAUCCAGGAGCUGAUCGACUGGCUCGUGCCGCCCAUCUUUGAGUUCCUCUUGAGGACUCGACAUUUCGUGCAAGUCGGCGAGAUACAUCAGUUUUAUUCUUUCACGCGUCUGUUCACAUGUUUGCUGGAGGGCGAGUCGCAGUUCAGCACGAUGUGGCUCCAGUGCACGUUUAUAUUUGCGCUGCUCUGGGGACUGUGCCCUACUAUCGACGGUGACAGUCGUAAAACUUUCGACACGUUUUUCCGUAAACUGCUCGAUGGCGCCAAUGCGAACUAUCCCAAGCCGAAGUCUUUCAAACUGACCAAGAACCAACUGUUUCAAGACAAGGACACGGUGUUCGAUUACGUGUAUGACAAAAGGAACAAUGGGUCGUGGAUACCGUGGGUCGAACUGGAGAAGGAAGUUCCUCUGGCUUCAAACGCGAAGGUCAAUGACUUGAUCAUCCUAACGAAUGAAAACGCGUGUCUACGGUUCUUCGUGAGCAAGAUGGUGAAAUACAAGGUGCCCAUUCUGUUGGUGGGCCCGACUGGUACGGGCAAGUCAUCGCUUGUGUUGAACUUCCUCCUUUCCUUGCCUAAAGAAAAGUAUAUCACUAACACUAUAAACUUUUCGGCAAGGACUACCGCUAACCAGACGCAAGAUAUCAUAAUGUCAAAAGUGGACCGGAGACGAAAAGGAGUAUUCGGACCUUCUAUGGGAAAGAAAUGUGUGUUGUUCGUGGACGACUUGAGCAUGCCGCAGAAGGAGCAGUGGGGCGCCCAGCCGCCGCUGGAGCUGCUGCGGCAGUGGAUCGACCACGGACACUGGUACGAUCUGAAGGAGAUGGUGCGCCAAGAGGUGGUUGAUGUGCUCUUAGUAUCGGCAAUGCUGCCUCCUGGCGGCGGAUCCAACCUGAUAUCCUCACGUCUGACGCGGCACAUGCAGCUCAUAACGCUGGACUCGUUCGAGGACAAUACGCUCAACAAGAUAUUCGUCACUAUCAUGGACUGGCAUUUCGCUAAGGGCUUCACUGACACGCUCGCCAGGCAGAGUAAGGCAGUGGUGGCGGCAACCAUGGAGGUGUACAAAGCGGUGACGCUGCAGUUCCUGCCCACGCCCAGCAAGUGCCACUACCUGUUCAACCUGCGGGACUUCGCGCGCAUCAUCAAGGGCGUGCUGCUGGUGCCGAGCACGCACAUGAAGGAGCUCAACAAGCUGGUGCUGCUGUGGGUGCACGAGACCUACCGCGUCUUCUACGACAGGCUGGUCGAUGACUCUGAUCGGCUGAAGCUGUUCGAGCUGAUCUACAAGGCGGUGUACGGCAACUACCGCGUGCACAUGGAGCAAGUGCUGUCGGAGCUGGGCUACGUGCCCGAGGGGGAGAAGCUGGCCAACACGCACGCCGCCAACAUCUUCUUCGGCAACUACAUGGAGCCGGACGCCGACCCCAAGAUAUACGAUCAGGCAACGAUAUUUUAAACUAAGAAAGAGAAACUGAUAAAGAUGGAGUACUACCUGGAGGAGUACAACGUGGUGUCGUCGUCGCCGAUGGCGCUGGUCAUGUUCCGCUACGCGCUCGACCACAUCUCGCGGUGUACGCGCGUGCUGCUGCAAGACAACGGUAAUCUUUUAUUAGUCGGAGUUGGCGGCAGCGGCAGAAGUAGCGCAGUGAAGCUAGCCGCUAGUAUCUUGGAGAUGAAUGUCAUUCAGAUCGAGAUAUCUAGAGUCUAUGGCCAGAACGAGUGGCGCGACGAUAUCAGAAAGCUGCUCAUGAAAGCUGGUAUUAUUGGGAAACCGUUAGUCUUCUUGUUUGCUGACAAUCAGAUAAUGUACGAAGGGAUGGUGGAAGACAUUAACAUGUUACUGAAUACAGGCGACAUUCCUAAUCUCUAUGGGAUGGACGAAAAGGUUGAGAUCCUCGACAAAAUGCAAGCCGCUGUGAGGGAAGCUGGCAGAAAAAUGGAAACAACCCCGCUAGCCAUGUUCGGUUUCUACGUGGAGCGAGUAAAGGCCAACCUGCGUAUAGUGAUGGCCAUGUCCCCCAUAGGAGACUCCUUCCGGAACAGACUGCGCAUGUUCCCCUCGCUUAUCAACUGCUGUACCAUAGAUUGGUUUACGGCGUGGCCGCCUGAAGCGUUGGAACGUGUGGCGUCCAUGUUCAUAGCCAAGAUGGAGAACGUGGACAACGAGCUGCGCGACUCGUGCGUGGAGAUAUGCCAGCUGUUCCACAUGAGCGUCGUGCAGCUGAGCGACAGAUUCUAUUCGGAACAGAAAAGAAAGGUGUAUGUAACACCGACCAGCUACUUGGAGCUCAUAAAGGCAUUCCAGAAUUUAUACGCUUUGAAGGUGGAUCAGAUAACCAAAUCAAGGAAUCGAUAUGAGACAGGUCUAGAACAGCUGGACUUCGCAGCUGGUCAGGUGGCUGUAAUGCAACAGAAUCUAAUAGAUUUGCAACCGCUGUUGGUGGAGACGUCUGACAAGACUGAGAAACUCAUGAUCAAGAUUGAGCAAGACACGGUUGUCGUGGAGAAGCAGAAAGAGAUAGUUGGAGCAGACGAAGCCCUGGCCAACGAAGCGGCAGCUGCUGCCCAGGCCAUCAAAGAUGACUGCGAGUCUGACUUAGCAGAAGCGGUGCCAGCGCUACAGGCUGCGUUGGAUGCCCUCAAUACCUUGAAGCCAGCGGACAUAACCUUGGUUAAGUCUAUGAAGAAUCCGCCCGCUGGAGUCAAGUUGGUGAUGGAAGCGGUUUGUGUCAUGAAGGGGAUCAAGGGUGAUAGGAAGAUGGAUGCUAGUGGGAAACCCUUUGAUGAUUUCUGGGGACCUUCUCAGAAAAUGCUGGGAGAUAUGAAGUUCUUGGAGAGUCUUAAAAAUUAUGACAAGGAUAAUAUACCUCCUGCUAUAAUGAAGAAGAUUAGAGACAAGUACAUUCCGGAUCGCGAGUUUGAUCCCGCAGUGAUAGCGAAAGUGUCAUCUGCUUGCGAAGGUCUUUGCAGAUGGGUGCGAGCGAUGGACGUGUAUGACAGAGUCAUCAAGGUGGUAGCACCUAAGAAAGCAGCCUUAGCAGAAGCGGAGGGCGAGCUGCAAAUGCAAAUGAACACUUUAAAUGAGAAGCGAGCGCAACUGCAAGGAGUGCUUGACAAAUUGCAGGCUCUUAACGACGAGUUUGCUGAGAUGACGCGUAAGAAAAAAGGCUUGGAAGACGAAAUCGAACUAUGUUCCACUAAACUAUCCCGAGCAGAGCAACUGAUAGGUGGCCUGGGAGGAGAGAAGGCGCGCUGGACUGACUUGGCUAAACAACUGCAGGAGUUGCUGUCUAAUAUCAUCGGUGAUGUACUCCUGUCGGCCGGCUUCAUAGCGUAUCUCGGCCCUUACACUGUGAACUACAGAAGAGAGCUCGUCACUAUGUGGAACCAACGAACUAAAGAUCUAAACAUACCUUGCUCGGACACGUACUCGCUGGUCAGCACGCUCGGGGAGCCGGUGGUGAUCAGGGCGUGGAACAUCGCGGGGUUGCCCGUGGACGCCUUCUCCAUUGAGAACGGCAUCAUUGUCGAGAAGUCGCGGCGGUGGGCGCUGAUGAUCGAUCCUCAAGAACAAGCAAACAAAUGGGUGAAGAACAUGGAGCGCGAAAACCAAUUGAAGGUCAUAAAGCUGACCGACUCCAACUAUGUGCGAGUACUGGAGAGCGCCAUACAACUGGGCUUCCCCGUCAUACUGGAGAACAUUCGGGAGCAGCUGGACGCUGUGCUAGAGCCUGUUCUGCUGAGGAAUGUCUUCAGAUCUGGUGGCAUCGACUGCCUAAAACUCGGCGACAACAUUUUGGAGUACAAUUACGAUUUCCGCCUUUACAUUACCACGAGGCUCAGCAACCCGCACUAUUUGCCUGAAAUCGCCGUUAAAGUAACAUUGUUGAACUUCAUGAUAACGCCGCAAGGGCUCCAAGAUCAACUGCUCGGCAUCGUGGUGGCGCAAGACAGGCCCGAGCUGGAGCUGAAGAAGAAUCAGCUCAUCGUGGAGGGCGCCAACAACAAGAGGACGCUGAAGGAAAUCGAGGAUAAAAUCUUGGAGGUAUUAUCAUCAGCUGGAAACAUUCUAGAAGACGAAUCAGCAAAUCAGAUCCUUUCAUCCUCCAAAGUCAUCUCAAUAGAGAUAGAGGCGAAGCAAGCGGCCGCUGCCAUCACAGAAAAAGAAAUAGACGAAGCUCGCCUGCUGUACGUGCCGGUGUCUAAACAUUCUUCUGUGCUUUUCUUCUGCAUAUCUGAUUUGGCCAACAUUGAUCCGAUGUAUCAGUAUUCUUUGAAUUGGUUCAUAAAUCUCUAUAACCAAGCAAUAAUAAACUCCCCAAAGUGUGACAUUCUCGACGACCGGCUGGCGGGUCUCAACGCGUACUUCACACGCAGCGUUUACGAGAACGUCUGUCGGAGCUUGUUCGAAAAAGACAAGCUCAUCUUCUCUCUGGUUCUGACUCUCGGAAUACUUCGAGCUAGUGGUAAAUUGGAUGAUGAACAAGUAGCGUUUCUACUGACCGGCGGCGUAGCGUUGGAGAAUCCUUACGAGAACCCUGCACCCACCUGGCUGUCGGAGAAGAGUUGGUCCGAAGUUGUACGCAGCAGUAAUUUGAAUGGGCUUCGCGGUUUCAAAGAUGCCGUGGAAGGUAACAUCGGAGCGUGGAAAGAUUUCUACGACUUGGCUGCACCGCAUGAGAAUCCACUCCCGGAGCCGUAUCAAGACAUUUGUGGCAUACCUAAGCUGAUAAUCUUCAGAUGCAUCCGCCCAGACAAGCUGAUACCGCUAGUUCAACAAUACGUGGUGGAAGAGAUGGGCCGCCCGUACAUCGAGCCGCCGCCCUUCGACCUGGAGAAGUCGUACAACGACAGCAACUGCUGCUCGCCGCUCAUCUUCAUCCUGUCUCCCGGCUCCGACCCUAUGUCGGGACUCGUCAAGUUCUCUAUGGAACGGAAGGUCAUCAGCUUUGAAACGAUCUCUCUGGGACAAGGACAGGGCCCAAUAGCGGCUAAAAUGAUUCAACAAGCGAUCGAGACGGGCGGGUGGGUGGUGCUGCAGAACUGCCACGUGAUGGACUCGUGGAUGGGUGAGCUGGAGCGGAUCUGCGCAGAGGUCAUCGUGCCGCAGCUCACGCACCCCAACUUCCGCUGCUGGCUCACCUCGUACCCGAGCAGGGCGUUCCCGGUCACCGUGCUGCAGAAUGGCGUGAAAAUGACAAACGAAGCACCCAAAGGCUUAAAAAAUAACGUAUACCGUUCCUAUAUAUCGGACCCUAUAUGCGACCCUGAGUUUUACAUCUCCUGUCCUCGUACCGAAGAAUGGAGAAGAUUGCUGUUUGCGCUUUGCUUCUUCCACGCGAUCGUGCAGGAACGACGCGCUUUCGGCCCGCUGGGCUGGAAUAUACAGUAUGAGUUCAACGAGAGUGAUUUGAGAAUAUGUAUCAUGCAGUUACAGAUGUUCCUGACUGAAUAUUCGGAGACACCUUUCGACGCUCUCAACUAUUUAGCGGGUGAAUGCAACUACGGAGGUCGAGUGACGGACGACAAAGACCGGAGGCUCAUACUGUCCCUGCUGUCCAUUUUCUAUAACGACGAAGUUACUUCAGAUCCUAAUUACUCCUUCUCACCGAGCGGUGACUACCGGAUCCCUCCCUCCAUGGACUACAACUCUGUACUGGAACAUAUCAAAGCCCUGCCCAUGACCGCCAAGCCCGAGGUGUUCGGGUUGCACGAUAAUGCAGAUAUUACCAAGGACAAUAAGGAGACUGCUGCGCUUUUGUUCGGCUGCCUGCUGACGCAGACGAGCAUCGUGGCGGGCGGCGGGGGCGAAGGCGCCGAGGGCGGCGGCGUGGUGGAGCUGACGCGCGACAUGAUGGCGCGCCUGCCGAAGCCCUACGACGUGGCGGCGGUGUCCCAGAAGUACCCCGUGCAGUACUAUAACAGCAUGAACACUGUGCUCAAACAGGAGCUGAUCAGAUACAACCGACUAGUGAGCGUGGUGGCGCGCACCCUACGCGGAGUACACUUGGCGGCGCAGGGGCUGGCCAUCAUGAGCUCGGAGCUGGAGGGCUGCAACAACGCCUUCGUCAAGGGCAUCGUGCCUGGCGCCUGGAUGUCCAAGUCUUACCCAUCCAUGAAGCCUUUGGGAUCGUAUGUGGCUGACCUUUUAGCGAGAUUGAAAUUCCUCCAAGACUGGAUAGAGGAGGGCCCGCCCAUCGUGUUCUGGAUAUCGGGCUUCUACUUCACCCAGUCGUUUCUCACGGGCGUCCUGCAGAACUACUCCCGACACAACCGAAUACCCAUAGAUCAGGUUCACUUCGAGUUCACCAUCACCAGCAUGGAAGCAGAAUGUGAGGUGGAACCAGAGUUUGGGGUUUAUUGUAAGGGAUUAUUCUUGGAAGGUGCAAGAUGGAACCGUGAAAUAAUGCAACUGGAUGAAUCCUACCCAAAAAUACUUUUCGACACUAUACCGAUCAUAUGGUUCCAACCGGCACUGAUAGCUGACUUCAACCCACCGCCGAGCUACUUCUGCCCUAUAUACAAGACUAGUGAGAGAAAGGGCGUGCUAGCCACCACAGGACAUUCCAGUAACUUUGUCAUGUAUAUAACUUUGAGAUCUGAUAUACCACAGAAACAUUGGAUCAACAGAGGAGUCGCUAGUUUGACUCAAUUAGAUGACUAAAUCUAGAUCAAAUGCAUUGUACACUUAUGUUAGUCUAAGAUCCAACAUAAGGAAUAUAACUGAUGAUGAACUGAAGGUAUUUGUAUUACAUGAAUAUUGUGAAAUGUGAAAUGAAAAGUGUUUAUAUCUGGCAACCUCAAAGUUACAGUGUGAAAGCAGGCAACAUUUACGUUUUCAAUUCUGUUGGGUAUAUUCUUUUAACUAAUGUUAAAAAAAAGUGAAAAAAGUGAAUUAAAUAAAUUAAAAAAACAAAUUAAUCAUUUAAUACUCACUGGGCGCAAUUUCACUAGGCAACCUAUUUGCAAUGUGUCAAUGUGGAUAUUAUUAUUUAUUUCUUAUCCAAAUUAAAUAACAGAUGAGUGUAUACAUAUAUUCCGGAUGCCGGAUCUCGUACUAUGUAUCAAAUUAUGUAAAAAACACUUCACACGUUAUAUGCAAUAUAUAAGCAAUGCCCCGCGGGCACGAUUUCACAACCCGCCUCCCCCGUCGCCCGCAUAUCAUGGGAGUGUCGUCAACGAACUUGCCAAGCUAUAAUUAUGUGGAUCACUUUGAUCUUAUGAAUGUUGGUCCUACUUUUUAUGUGUCUACGUAGCUUUUUUACAAACUGAAUGAUGUGCCACAUAAGUUAAACCAUCAGAUUUUAGUGAAUAGUAGCAGGAUGAACUAUGAAAACAUUUUUCCACUAUUUUUAUUGUAUUACUUAAAACUAUUACAUGUAAUAACAUUAUUAUCAUUAGUUAUUAUUCUCUGUGAUCUAUUUCUAGUCAAUAUUUAAUAAAUAAAUUAUUCUUGGA